AUGGGCUCUGCUAGACCACAAGCAAAUGUAUCUGAGGCUAUGAGUGUUUCUGAAGAUACUGCUAUCACUGGGAUGUUUUCCAAUGAAGAGUUACAGACUCUAAGGCGAUUCUUGUCACAGGUUGAAUCACAAUCCACUAUAGUUGCCUCUUCUAACUUCGUCAAUUCAGGCAAAGAAAAAGUCUGCAUUGCUGAUGGAUCCUUAUCCAAUGUUUCUGGAACAGGUUCUGUUAAAUGCACUCCUACUAUAAGUCUUAGUUCUCUCUUACAUGAUGCCACUCCAAACGUCUUUGGUUGUGUUUGCUUUGUUCAUCAGCCUAAUAGGGGGAAGUUAGAACCUCGAGCCCUCAAGUAUGUCUUUGUGGAGUCACUUAAAUCUCGAGGGAGACUAAAUAGAUCAGAUUUGAGAAUUUAUACGCAGCGAAACAAGAUAGAUAUAGCCAUCGAGCAGGUGACUGCUAAUCAAUCAGAUCUCUGGAUUCAAUUAUUGAAUAUCUUGAGAAAAGGUGUUAGAACCUGUUCUAAACAUCCCAUCUCUAAUUUCAUUUCCUAUGAUUCUUUGUCUCCACCCUAUAGAGCCAUUCUAUUGUCUGUUUUCUCUGUUUCUAUCACACAAGAUUGGAAGAAAGCAUGUCUUGAUCCAAAAUGGAAGGCAGCCAUAGUGGAGGAGAUGAAAGCUCUGGCAAAGAAUGAGACAUAG